AUGGACUUCGUCUUCGGGUUACCCAAAGACGUUCACAAGAAUUCUGGUAUUCUUGUUUUUGUUGAUCAAUUCAUCAAGAAGGUAGAUCUUGUUGCUGUACCAGAGUCAAUCACAGCCCAGGGCUGUGCGCGUGUCUUCACCGAUACUAUCUUCCGACUUCACGAGUUAAUCCGUGAACUCGUGUCCGAUAGGUAUCCCCGCUUUACGGCGGACUUCUGGCAAUCCGUGUUCCGUUUACUUGGAACGCGUUUAACGAUGUCAACUUCUAACCAUCCUGAAACCGAUGGUCAGGCGGAACGCGUCAAUAGCGUCCUCGAAGAGAUGCUUCGAGGGUAUGUCCACUCGUUUACGAGCUGGCGUAAGUUCUUGCCGAUGGCGGGAUUUGCCAUCAACAACUCGGUGCUCGCGUCGACAACGCUUGAACCGUUAUUCGUGAAUGGCCUAUGCCAUCCACGUUUACCCGUCCUCUUAGAUGGUGUCGACGUGGUGGAUGCCGAUGUCGAUGCGAUCGAUGUCGAUGAUGAUGAUGACGACGAUGCUGGCAUAUUCAGCAUCGCCAAUGACUGCCAAAGUGAGGACGAUGACACCCUCACUGGUGAAGACAACGUUCUUUUAGCAGUGCACACGAAGCGCUGCUGUUAA